AUGGUUCACCAUAACCAUGUACGUUGGAGACCACCAGUGGGCGAUGUGGUGAAGAUCAACUAUGACGGUGCAAUUUUCUCAGAGGAAGGACGUGCCGGCCUGGGAGUUGUCUGUCGCAAUUCGGAGGGCGUAGUCAUUGCCUCUCUUUCUGAGCAGAUUCCGUUACCAGCGACCAUUACUCAAGUCGAAGCUUUGGCAGCAAGAAGGGCUGCCGUUUUUGCAGUUGAUAUUGGCAUCUCCUCGGCAGUUUUGGAGGGAGACUCUGUCAUUGUGUAUAGGGACUUGUCAAACACAGAGCCUUCCCUUGCGCCCCACGGUCAUAUUAUACAGGACGUUAAAUUGUUAGCAUCUUCUUUUUCCUGUAUUACCUUCUCUCAUACACGUAGACAAGAAAAUGGUGUCACCCACGCUUUGGCUAGGAGGGCAAUCAACUCGCCCAAUCAAAAUGUCUUGUUGGAUAAUAUGCCACCAGACAUACUUCAUGUAGCUCUGGCUGAUAUAGCCUCUUUGGUUUAA